AUGUCACAAACUAACGAGCCAAAAUCUGAAGCACAACAAAGCACCUCAGCUAGUGAAUCUAAAAUUCACAGAAGCCUAAUCUCAAGACCCCUCGCACCUUUUAUAUAAAUUAAAUUAAAUUUUGACUGAUUAUAAGCAAGCAAGCCCACUGGCCUUUGCCUCGUCUCGGCUCCAAGAACAUCAGUCUCCAUCGCCCUCGGAGUUUUAGAGAAAAAUAAAAGGCUGCAAUUUUGGAUUUUUGACCACAAAUACCUAUCUGGGGACGAGCUUCAAUGAUAGAGCCAUCGUCUAUAGAGUGCGCCAAUGGCCCUGACAAGGGAAGACCAUGUGAUAGACAAAACUGUCUAGCCCACCUGGCAGGGAAAACUUCCCUCUUCGACGAGGCAUUUCCGAGCCUGAAGGCAUAGUCAAAAAGUUGAUUUUAGCUUCAUCAGGAUGGGCCCGACCUGCGCCAUAGGGAGAGCGUCUCGGAGACCAAUUUCCUAAGCAUCACGAUUUUAUUUCUCACCCUUUUAGGCUUUUUGCAAAGGAAAACUCCGAUAUCAAAGACACCAAAUUCCUCUCCAAGCUCUGGCAUGAAAUUGACGCUUUUGAAAAAGAAAAGUUCAAUGACCUUCACAAGAAACAAAAAGAGGUAUAUAAGAAUAUUAUAGACCUUACUUCCCAAAAAGAAGCUCUCAUAAAACAACUCGAAGAGGUAGAAGCCAAACUUUCUAAAGCCAAUGAGUCUUACAUUCAAAACCCAAAGCAAGCUGCCCAAAAAACCAAACGCUCCAGGACAACUCCAUUCAACUGCUACUACAAGAGUCAGAUACUUUCCCUCAAAGAAAAAAAGCCAGAGCUGAAAUAUAGAGAAAGAGCCAAAGAGUUGAGAGCGGCCUGGAAAGAGAUGGGUGAAGAAGAAAGAAAGCCUUAUAUAGAGCAUAAUUAAUAUGCUAGCAGUGACAAAAUAUGUUCUUGACGACGCACCACUUUUGGAUCCAAAUCGCUUUAUAGCCAAACUAAGGCUCAAGUUUUAAUCCUAACCCUUACCUUGUCUAGAGCUGCUAUAUGGGUGGGUAGGUCUUGAGAGUCUGCUGGAGGCGACUAAGUCCAGGUAUAGAUAUCGGAUGUUUUUUGCGCCAAGUACUCUUUCCUGCUCCGAGAGCUAGGAUUUUUUUUUUCCUGGGUGUAACCUCACUCAAGGUAGCCGACAAGAAGCAUAGGGUUAGCUUUUGUCUCCAUAGCACCCGCAAGACGGAAAGUAAGAGGAGACUUCCUUACCCGUUGAGGCUUAAUGACAUCUGUGCAAGCCCCAGAUCCCGGGAGUAGACCGCUGUUAAGACAGGAGUAAGGGAAUUGAUUUCCUCAAGCCAGCAGGCUCCUGUGAUCACAAGUAUGCGGAGGUAUCUUAUCUUAUGGUAUUUAUAUCGCUUAACGUCCACUACGGGGUUACAACUCCAGGUUUAUCACUCGCCUUUCGUCGCAUCGGGCCCACCAGUCUGCUGGAGACAAACUCGCUUUGAUCACCAGGGUGCUUCCAGGGCAAAUGUCCACGUCUUCGACGGCUCAUGGAUGAGCUACUUGCUUGUACAUGGGUUGCUUUUCCGAAAAACCCAAAAAAUGGAUUUUUCUGGUCAGCUAUCGGCAAAAAGGAAAAAUGCAAAGCCUGGGACGUAACGCCCAGUUUCACGCUAGGGAGUUGCCCGAAUGGUCCAGUGGACUUUGCUGGGCUUCCCCUUUCCAACCUUGCACCCUCCUUCCCCACGAGGAAAAAAAUCCACCCCUGAGAUUAGACUAGGGCUAGGCUCUGAAAGCUACCAGAAUUGCUUACCUAGCAUUGCUGUCCAUCUCUGAAAUGGUAAAACCUUGCCGGAUAUAAUUAAAAUAUGAGUCGAGGCUGCAUGGCCGGGAGUCGAGGCUGCAUGGCCGGGAGGCCAUGCCCAGACGAAGACGCCAUAUUUUAAUUAUGUAUGCGGAGGUAUCAAAUUUGGAAGUCUUUAAGAUCUUUGAUUAAAUUUAUAUAGAGCUUGCAAAAGAAGCGAGAAAAGUAACUAGUAAUUAA